UGGUGCUUAACAAAGCUUUUCAUACCACAAACUCGUUGCAAAUACAUGACGACGGCUACGGGCGCAUUUGCCACCCUUCAUUAAACGAGCCGUCUAAAAACAGGCAAUACCUUUGCGAACGUUAACGAUUAUUGCCGCUCGGAAACACGCAAUUAAUGAGCUGUUUUAUUGCACCUGUUCAAAUUCCCAUACAUUCACAUGUUGUGCGAAUCUUUUUUUCUUCUUUACGCUCAAGGAUUUAUUUUUACAUACAAACAAGCGCAAAAAAUAAUCAAUCCACGAGGAAGCGGAAACACGAAGGGGUUGGAAAAUAAACUCAGGAUUUCUAGUUCGAUAAAACUGUAAAAGUGCAUUUGAACCAAAUGCAACCCAUGCAUCGUCCUGUAUUUUUCAGAGCACGUAUCGACGGUUAAAUGAAUUGGGUUUUUUUUAGUUCUUCUCGUACCAGAAAAUUUAUCAAAUUAGAGUUUUCCACCUAGAAAAGUUGACCGAGCGAGAGCUUUUAGUUGAGGCUCAGCUCAGCGUGCUAGGGUACAGAGCUUUACAUGCUUUACACAAGCACACAAAAAAGGGCUCGGAAAAUGGAAAACGUGUAUGUAUGCCUACCGUAACAUUGUCCAACGUAGGGUGACUUCAUCAACCGUAUUGGCAAUUAAAUUUGCAUUCAUUGCAAUCAGUCGGAGAAUCUGCACAUCUGCACGAGCUAGAUCUGGUGAACAUGGGAAACGUGAAAUGUUUCACACAGCCUUUUUGCCUGCUCAUUCUGUUGCGGCUAUGCAAACAACGGGUGUAUUUAAACGGGGGAAAGUCAUUAAAAGAAUCCAUUCAUCCCAUCGGGAUGUCGUAUUAGCGUCAUGGUAAAUGUUUGCCUUGUUCGUUAACACGCUGCUCGCAAAUCACGGCGCAGUUGCAGGAUAGCGACACAGCUGGUAAUCGACACUGCUGGAGCAAAUCCUUGAGACUGAUCGCGAAGACUUACAUUGGAGCACAGGUUGAAGUAUAAUACUUUUUACAAAUACAAAUUUUACUAAUUGAAAUCAAAGCUUCAUAGCUGUGUUGACGUUUGCAUAAAAAAAUGACAGCAGUUUUAGAUUUUUUAUAGAUUUAUCAGUCGAAGUCUAACCAUGAUGGCCUAAAAAGUUAAAUAACUUCGUUCAGAAGCGUACGCGGUCAAAGAAACCACACCAUCACGAAAACGAAUAUCGUGUGGCUGUUUGUCGAUGUCGGGUAAAUCCGUUCCGAAAUUUACAACAAGUUGCCAUUAUUAGACAACAAUCAGAGCUUCCAAAAAAAGCUUGGUUCCGAAUGGCCGUCGACACUGAGCGACAAGAAGCUCCAAAGGAUGCUGAAAAUGAAGACCGUGGGAAAAGUGGCAAACAAUGCUGCGAUCGCUUGGGGUGGAGGUCAAUGCAACCGGUCAAACAGUGAAAACGUACUAGGAACAAUGUAACCGAUCAAACAUCAUCCAGCUGUGUUCCAACGAAGAUUUCUGGACCAACAGAAUGCGAAAGCUGUACUCCAACAAUUGUGUUGCGAAAACUGAGGAGGAAGUGAUCAAAAUCGAAGGUAGAACUGAAACACAUACCUACAUGCACGUCGUUGUCCGCCAAUAAUUCAUAAAAGAAUCAUAUUAUGCAUUACUGACCAACUCCUUUGUUAUCAAAAGGCGCCCUCUGAUAGCGAGAGUGAGCCAUACUCUGUCAACCACUGACCCUAUGCGCACGAAUUGUUGUAGGAGCUAGUGAUCUGCUCUCUGGAGCGCACUCACGACUCCGAUCCGUCUCCGACUAUUGAUAGUCCGAUUCCGACUCCGGCAAAAUGGAACCAAUAGAUCCGCAGGGAGUUGGAGUCGCACGGAGCCGCCCGGAGUCGUCCGGAGUUUUCCGGCGUCGUCCGGAGUUGUCCGGCGUCAUCCGGAGUUGUCUGGAGUCGUCUGGAGUCAUUAAGAGUCGUCUCCGACUCCGAACAACUCCCACCGACUCCCAACGUCUUCUAACGACUCCGAACGACUCUAAACAACUCCGAACGACUCCAAACAACUUCGAACGAUUCCGACUGCGUCUCCGGACGACUCCAAACGACUCCGGACGACUCCGACUCCGAACGACUUCAAAUGACUCCGGAUAACUCCGGACGACUUCGAACGACUCCGGAUAUUGCUGAGCAGACCUACCUUCCGGAGUCGGUUCCAAAAUUUUCGGAGUCGGAUCGGAGUCGACUCCCAAGUUUUGCCAACUUUACCGAUCACUAGUAGGAACUAGAGAUGGGUUCUGCGGAUCGCACUCACGGUUCCGCUCCGGUUCCGGCAAGUAUGAUACCGAUUCCGAUUCCAGAGAGAAGGAAUCGCUAGUUCCACCGGAAUCGUCCGGAAUCGUCCGGAAUCGUCGGAAUCGUCGGAAUCGUCGGAAUUGUCGGAAUCGUCCGGAAUCGUCCGGAAUCGUCUGAAAUCGUCUGGAAUCGUGCGGAAUCGUCGUAAUCGUCCGGAAUCGUCGGAACAGUCGGAAUUGACCGGAAUUGGCUGGAAUCGCCCGGAAUCGACCGGAAUCGUCCGGAAUCGUGCGGAAUCGUAGUCAAUCGAUAGUAGUGAAUAGUAGAGCCGAUUCCGGUCGAUUCCGACUGUUCCGACGAUUCCAGACGAUUCAAGUUCACGUUCCGGCCGCCGCGCAUAUGUCAAUGCUGUCUGUCGUACAUUUAAGCCAGGAAUGUCGCGCACUGAGUUCCUGAAUAUCGUUCGAUAUGGACGCUAGCAUCUUGUGUUACUGUUUGUAUCUAUUUGUAUUAAGUUAUGCACUGAAUAAAUGACAUGAAAUGAAAUGGAAUUCCGACGAUUCCAGACGAUUCCGGGCGAUUCCGGGCGAUUCCGGGCGAUUCCGAGCGAUUCCGGGCGAUUCCGGGUGAUUCCGACGAUUCCAGACGAUUCCAGACGAUUCUGGGCGGUUCCGGCUUGUUGGAUUGAACCUACCCUUCGGAACUGGGUCCGAAAUUUGUUGGAAUCGUCCGGACCCAGUUCCGCUUUUUUGUGCGUUUUGCCCAACUCUAGUAGGAACCUAUGUGACCUAUGUUAUGGAAAAUAUCAUUAAAAUUCUCGCGGGGCGGUCCCGCAAUUCAGUCGUCAACUCGCACGACUUAACAACAUGCCCGUUGUGGGUUCAAGUCUAGAACAGACCCCCCCCCCCCCCUGCCACCUAGCAUAUGGACUUGACUGAAUAGUGAAUGGGUCUAAAAAUCCUGUGUAGGCCGGGGCAUGUCCGCUUAGGACGUUACGCCGAAUAGAAGAGAAAGACCAUAUUGACAUUAUGGUAAAAUAGUGAUACACAAAUAAUAAACUCUUAACAUGACAAUUAAUUUGAAUAGUUUGUCCAGCUGUAAAUAACUGCAAUAUUCUAUUCAAACCGUGAAAUCGCAUAACAUAAUUAAGGUCGCAUGGUAGUAUUUUGAACAACAUGCUUGCUAGGAGUUUCCUCAGUUAUUUCAACUUGGAUUUGGCAUAUUGGCUUUCAAAUAAUACAUCAUAGUGAUAACUUAUAGAAAAAAUCUCCUUUUAAACGGACAAAUAAAAAACUCUUUAAAAUGUUAGAUAUAUUUUGUUUCAUAAGGUAGUAGAAGAGCCAUUACACAUCAUAACGAACGUGUUAAUUGAUGAUGAGAGUUAUUUUGUAUAGAAGUGGUAAUAUUAAAACCACACAAAUGAUACACAAGUGAAUAUAAGUAACAACAACGAUAAAUAAAAACAGAUUAUAGCAAGGUAAAGGAAAGGAAAGAAAAAUUAAAACAAAACAAAUGGAUAAACAAAUUAAGAUAUGAAAACAUACAACCAGAUUAUUGGAACUUGAAACACACUGAAACAAAAUUGGCAUACCUACAUAUACUUAUAAAAAAAAGAUAAAUUAAGAAACUUUCUCAUUCUUUCACGCUACCUUAAGUUAGUUUAUGGCGAUUUCGUUUAUUGUGCAAAUGGAAGCAAUUUUUAUACCUAAAGCAUUUUCCUUGAGAAAUGGCUCCUCAUGUCAUUAACGAAAUUCUCAAAAAAGUUGAAAAACAAACAACAAUUAGGAUUUCAACGGCACAUGGUUUUAACAAAGUAGUACAUACAUUUACACGUGAAGGUGUUUUCCUAUUACAUAAAAUCCAACAGAACAUAGAAGCAUACUAGCUUUCAUUGAGCUACGAAAACAAAAUCGAACUUAUUCCAGCUCACAGACGAAAAAAAGCCGGUUUAUGCCAUCGACAUGCGUUUCCUCCGUUCUCGGAGCGUCAAGAAGGCAGCAGCAUAAAAGCAGCCCGUUUUUGCCACCAAGCGCGCGCGUUCAGACAGUGUGUAACGCUUCCGUCGUGUUAUUCCGACGUGCAGACGCCCGAUUCGGCGCACUGAUGCACUUUCCCACCAAUCGGGCACAACAAAACAAAAACCGAAAGGUGCCACCGCUGCUGACGAACAACACGGGAGCAGCCUUCGCGCGGACACGGCUUGGCAUCUAGCGUUUUGUGGAGCAGGAGGAUGAAGAUGCUGUAACUGGAAAGGGCUUUUGUCAUCGCCGGUCAUCAGAGACAAGGGAGACGCAAAAUUCUUUAAAACUCGAUACCGACCGACAGGACGUGUUCACUCUGUGGCUGCUGCUGGGCCGGAUAACAUUGACCACCAGCCGGAUAACAUUGGUUAGCAAGGUGGUUGUGUGUUUAUUGCUGCUGGAGCAACUUGCAGCAAAAUGGAGAGCGUUUAAUCGGAGGUUUGGCCCUUGUGUAAGUGUCCUGUGGAUUUGUCCGGCUGGUGACAAGUAGUAUCGCGGCUCGUGGUGAAGCAUUUUCCUCAUUGUGCAGUGUUUGUUUGCUCGAGCGAAGGAAUAGAUGCACAACAAAUCAACGUGGAAAACGUGAGCCAGAUGAUUUGUGUGAUUGUGGCUAAAAGGGAACUGUGAUGCUAAUUUAUCAAUAAAACCACCGUGUCGAAACGAAAGUGAAAAAGAGUGAAGCGCUCAGUUGUGAGAUUCAUUGUGAAAUAGAUUUAAAAAAUCAACCAACCCCUCCCAGCCAUCACCUACAACCAACAAAACACGCCCGCAAUGCAUUCCCGCCUGCUGAUAGUUUGCUGGCGGCGCAAACUUUUCUUUCUCGGCGCUUCGCUGCUUUUCCUGCUGGCGCUGUGGUUUUGGGGCUUCCUGUACACUACACACAUUACCGAGGACGGUGGUAAGAUCGUGUCGGUAAGAGAGCUGAUGCUCGGCAGCGCACACGGCGGUCGGCACGAGAGUCUGCUGCAGCGAUUGGGUUUCCACGAGCGACACGACCCUGCCCUGGACGGUGGCAGCAAUGGAGUGGAGCCGCAUGGUGCAGCACACGGUGAGCAAGGAUCGGUUCAGCUUGAGGGCGAUGAGGGAGGCGUUAAGUUUGUUAAACCGACACCGGGUGGAUUGCGAUCCGCAAAGGUUCGCCACACCAACGAUUGGGAUGCAAUUAUGCAGGAUCGAACGGAUGAAGGGAAACAGAUCAAUCAACAACCAAGUGGCAAAGGGCAACCAUCACGUCACAUCUCAGACGAAAUGCGCAUGGCCGCCGAGCGACAGAGCCAUUACGAGCACGAGCUGAAACGGAUGGGCGUCCCGGUGAUUGCCGGCCUAGGCCCAGGCGGAAGACCUCCACCGGCCCAACGGUUGGUGCAUUUCGAUCUGAAGGGAGCGCCACCGAAAGUGUCCUACCUGCGACGACUGAUGCCGAUCCUGAAAACGCUCGGUGCGACGGGCAUUCUGCUAGAGUACGAAGACAUGUUUCCUUACGGUGGAUCGUUGCUUCCACUGGCAGCACGGAAUGCGUACAACAGGGACGAGAUAUUGGAGCUGCUCAAAAGCGCGUUCGCACUGGGUCUAACCGUCAUCCCGCUGGUGCAAACCUUUGGCCAUCUCGAGUACGCGCUGAAGCUUAAAGAGUUUGCCCACCUGCGUGAGACGGGGGAUUCGCCGCAAGCCCUUUGCCCGAGCUACAACGCUUCGAUGGCAUUCGUGGAGGAACUGUUGACGCAAGUCAUCGAGUACCAUAUGCCGGCCGAGAAUGGGAAUCUACUGCACAAGGAAGAUAUCGAACGAUCGACCCCGAAGCUAACCCACAUUCACAUCGGCUGCGACGAGGUUUACCGCCUGGCUGAGUGUCCACGCUGCCGCCACCGGCUGAAGGAUCAAGUGUUUCUCGAUCACGUGUACAACGUGGCCACGAUCGUGCGCCGUCGAUGGCCCCAUCUGCGCGUCAUCGUCUGGGACGAUAUGCUGCGACAUAUGGCGCUCGAUGCACUGCAAGCCUCCGGCAUUGGAAAACUGGUCGAGCCGAUGAUCUGGGUGUAUGCGGAAGACAUCUACAAGUUUGUACAGUCGGCCACGUGGGAGAAGUACGCAGCGGUAUUCCGUACGGCCUGGGCUGCGUCCGCCUUCAAAGGAGCCCAUGGCGAGGGAUUGCUGAUGCCACCGAUCAGGCGCCAUCUGGAGAACACACUCCGAUGGCUGGCAGUGAUGCAGGGCGAGGGCAAUCGGUUCAGUCACGGACUGCAGGGACUAGCCUUGACCGGCUGGCAGCGGUACGAUCACUUUGCCGUUCUUUGCGAGCUGCUUCCGGCGGCCCUGCCCAGCCUAGCGAUCUGCCUUUCAACAGCGGCGAAAGGAUACUUUGACGUGAGCGCACGCACCAACCCUAUACUCAGCAGCCUAACGUGCCCGGAGCCGACGGGGGAGCAUCAUGCCUGGUUAGAGCUGCACAGGGACUCGAUGAUGGUGAUGUUUUCGCGCUGCAUGUUCCCUGGCAGCAUGAUCUAUCGGUUCAUACUACGCCUGGCGACACUAACGACCGAAACCGAGGAGUACACCGAUGCGAUCCGGCAAAGGCGCGGAUGGCUGACGGACUACAAUAUUCGGCACAAUUUUAGCAGCGCAGCACGGGUCGACGAUUUGCUUGGCGAGAACUACCGCCUGCUCAACGCCGUCUCGAACCUUGCACGAACGGCUGCCUCCACACUGACGGAGGUGUACGAUCACUGGACCUAUGGUGAAUUCAUAGAGCAGCGAAUUUUUCCAAUGCUAGAGGAGCUGAAGCGGUUGGAACGUGCCGGUGAGGGGCUGAAGAAACGACGCGUCUGGCCACAGCGUCCGCUGCCCUAUCUAAAGCCGUUUGAAGUGCUUGGAAUCGACGAGAAAACCUAGCUAGCCGAGUAUGUUAAAAUUUCCCUCCAUUGAUGAUCGAAUUAAGGAAAAAGCACAAGAUUUUAAACCCAGCACUCUCGGUUCGCAGUUUCGGGCCUGUUUUUGUAUACGAUUCAUCUCUUUCUCCACAAAAGUUGGGUGCUAAAGUCAACCCAACAGAUUUGUCACCCAACACGACUGACAGAGAAAGAGUGUAUGUGUGUGCGCUAGUUAAGAGAUAAGUGAUUUAGUUAAUAGACAUUUUGGGAUAGUGUGUAGAUGAAAGUGUAGCUUAAAGGAGCUCGAAAUAGAAACACGAAACGUA